AUGCAUUUCCAAGAUAUUGCAUUCGCUCUCUUUGUAACUGGAGCAUUCGCUGCACCAGCUGCGUUAAAAUCUAGAGAUGCAUGCUCUGAUGCCUGCAACACUGAGUACAACAACUGUCGAAGUGCUCCAGGUGCGAACCGAUCCACUUGUGCUUCCAACUAUGCAUCAUGCCUUGGAUAUUCCCCGUAUGAUAGCAAUGGAUCACUCGUCACCCCAACUGCUUGCUCCUCGUCAGUAGCAUCAACUACAGCUUCAUCCGCUACAUCAUCCGCCACAGCUGAUGCUUGCGUAUCCCAAUGUAACGCAUCAUACAACACCUGUCGAAGUGCUCCAGGUGCAAACCAAUCCACUUGUGCUUCCAACUACGCAUCAUGCCUUGGAUAUUCCCCGUAUGAUAGCAAUGGAUCUUUCGUCACCCCAACUGCUUGCUCCUCGUCAGUAGCAUCAACUACAGCUUCAUCCGCUACAUCAUCCGCCACAGCUGAUGCUUGCGUAUCCCAAUGUAACGCAUCAUACAACACCUGUCGAAGUGCUCCAGGUGCAAACCAAUCCACUUGUGCUUCCAACUACGCAUCAUGCCUUGGAUAUUCCCCAUAUGAUAGUAACGGGUCACUCGUCACCCCAACUGCUUGCUCUUCAGUAGCAUCAUCAACCACUACUCAAGCUACUUCGUCUGCUACAAGUGACGCUUGUGUAUCUAAAUGCAACGACUCAUACAACUCAUGUCGAUCUGCUCCAGGUGCAAACCAAUCCACUUGUGCUUCCAACUACGCAUCAUGCCUUGGAUAUUCCCCAUAUGAUAGUAACGGGUCACUCGUCACCCCAACUGCUUGCUCUUCAGUAGCAUCAUCAACCACUACUCAAGCUACUUCGUCUGCUACAAGUGACGCCUGUGUAUCUAAAUGCAACGACUCAUACAACUCAUGUCGAUCUGCUCCAGAUGCUAACAGAGCUACAUGUGCAUCUGAAUAUGCCACAUGUCUUGGAUAUUCACCUUUUGACAACAGCGGAUCCCUAGUCGCUCCUACCGCAUGCUCAAGCGGCGCCGUUUCUACAACAAAUGCACCAAGUUCCACACAAGCCCCUCAGGCUUCCGGGACCCCUUCUCCAGAUCAAACUUCGAUUGUUGAGGGUGUCGAAUGGACUAUCAAGCAAUUGACCAGAUACUGUUCCGAAGAUGGAUCUGGAUGCGAUUACAACUUUGCCAUCUCCUACAACGAUGAGCGACCUGAUGAGAGAUGUACCGUCAUUCGUAUGCCAGGAAGUGGUGCUACUACCGAGUCUUGGUAUGGAAUUCCAUGUACUACAGGAUCUGUAAACACCAUCGCUUGGGGAGUAUCUGACCAAUUUGGUGCCGAAAAUGCAUUUGCGGUUUUGACUGUCACCAACAACGAAGAAAAGACAAAUGCCUAUUUCGGUGUCGCGAACGUGAACGGAAACCCAGUCACUCCUUCAAGUCCAGCUGGAUCCGGUAAUUUUGGAGACAUUGGUCCUGAGCCAGUUUAUGUCUUCUAA